AGAAACAGCGCGCCAAGCGGGACGUAUUGGAAACUCAAAAAUCCCAUGCAAAAUGAGACUUAACGCAAACGCGUACGUCACGUCUCGCCAUCGAAUAAAUUUACACUAGUGGUACUGAGUACAUUGUGUUGAUAAAGUGACUUUUGACUUAUUGCUGCCCUACUUGAUAACGGAUGUCAUAUUUCUCACCGGAAUUCAUAUUGAUUUUCACGAUAUCGUGCAGUAAUCUGAUUUACGAAGUUCAAAGAUAGCCAGUUAGUCAGUGGGCGUAAGCCGUUAAGACCGUACAAUUAACGCUUAUCGCUAUAAAAAUGGGCAAGGCGCAUAAACAUAAUCGUCCACAUAUUAACUAUGAGGUUCCGGAUCCGGAGGACCGCCGGGAGAAGCCAUGGCAGCGGGUUAAUAAUACUCCAUUCAUUAAUACGGUUCCCAGUUACUUCAUCAUCCUCGUGCUGGGUUUCUAUCUCCUGUUGGCGUACUCGACGCAGCUGGUGGAGGAUGACAUGCCUCGACCUGUGACGGAUGCUGAUCUCAAGAGAGACAACAGAAUAGCCUUCAGUGAAGAGACGGCUCUGCAAUACUUGUACACAAUAAUGGGGGACAAGCCCCGCGUGGCCGGCACCGAGUACCACCUGCGGCAGACGGAGGUGGUGCGCGACUUGCUGCUCAACCUCACCAGCGAUGCCACGCUCCCGGUCACGGUGGUGUGGCAGACGGGCAGUGGCGCCUUCAAAUUAGACCACGAGAUACCUUAUUUGGGGUGGUACUACAACGCGUCCAACAUCGCCGCGUUGCUGGAGGGCGAGAGCGGGGUGCGAGCGAACGGCGAGCUCGGCACUACCCUGCUGCUCAACUGUCAUUACGACUCUGUGCCUUUUGCACUAGGAGCAUCCGACAACGUAGCUUUCUGCGCAAUCAUGGCGGAGGUUCUACACCGGCUGGCGCAGAGAACCACCAAGUUUAAGCACAACCUCAUCUUCCUCUUCAACGGUGCCGAGGAGAAUGCUCUCCAGGGCGCGCACGCGUUUCUACAGCAUCCGUGGGCGCGGAACAUCACCACCGUCGUCAACCUGGAUGCGGGCGGCAUGAACGGGAAAGCCAACAUCUUCCAAACAUUGGACUCGCGGCUUGCCCGCGCCUACGCCAAGUCCACGAACCGGCCUUCAGCGCAGUCGUUCGGAGAGUUCCUGUUCGGGUCGGGGCUCGUGCCGUCCGACACCGACUUCAGGAUAUGGCGCGACUACGGACAGUUCUACGGCAUCGACAUCGCGUUCGUCAAAUGGGGCAACGUGUACCACACGCGCAACGACAACCCCACGAACCUGCAGCCCGGCGUGCUGCAGGCGGCCGGGGACAUGCUCCUCAACCUCGCCAGCAACAUGGCCGAUAUGCCUGAACUUGUCGAAAAGGCGGAGCCGACCACGAUGGUGUACUACGACUACCUGAACAGCUUCAUGUUCGCGUACCCGCUGUGGGCGGCGUACUUAGUAGACGCGCUGUUCGGCGUCGUGGCGCUCAUGAGUGUGGGCUACUUUGUGUUCGUGGUCGGCGUGCGCAAGUCUACAUUCCGUGGCUUAGCUUGGGCCGUGCUGGGCCGCUUGCUGUGCACGCUGGUCGCGUUCGGCGUGGGGCUCGUGUUCGUGCUCAUCAUGAACGCCACAACCACGCAACUCAGAUAUCUUUCCCAUCAGUGGAUAACCGUCCCGUUAUACUGGAUACCCUAUGUCAUUGUGGCCAUGAUAACAUCCCAACUCUAUGAUGCCUGGAGUAGCAGAAAGUCAGGACUUAACCGGUCAUUCCGCGCGCUGCAAGCUUCAGCUGCGACACGCUUCAUUCUCGCCGUGAUCCUCCUGAUCAUGACAUGCAUCCCCGCGCUGACGACCAUGCGCUACUCGUUUUCGGUGCCGCUGUUCCUCAUGUCUGUCUUUUCCGUGAUCCCUCUCAUGCUGGCGAGGUAUCUACGAGUACCAGCAUGGCAGCAGCUGUUCGUGGAAAUGCUGGUAUCCGUUCCGGUGCUGAUGUUCUUGUUCACGAUGUGCCUGCGCAUGAACUCGCUGAUGCUGCCCGUGAUGGGCCGCAGCGCCAGCAACACCCCUGACUUCUUUGUGGGGCUGCUUAAUCUUGGACUGGCAGCACUCGUCACUAGCGCGGUGUCGGGCAUCGAGCUCCUGUUCUCCCGGAAGCGCCUGUGGCUGCCAACGGCGCUGGCGGGCCUAGCGUCGCUCGUCUUCAUGUUCCUGCCCUUGGCGCCCUACGACGCCGCGGGCACCGGGCUGCAGCGGCAUUACUGGUUUCACACAGAAAUAAUAAAUCACACGGUGACCCCCCCGACCAGCAUUUCUGGCGUUACCGUCACCAAGAUUGACCUCUACACCAUCGACCGGGUGCGGAGGGCCCUGGAGGACUCCGGCCUUAAUUACACAGUGAAAGCUGACUUAACGGAGGACUGCGCGCAAUACAUUUUCUGCAACCUGCCGAUGUUCAGGACCAGGUUGCCCAAUUCCUACGCGGAAGCCCUGUUCAUCGAAAUGCCACCGCCCACGGCGUUUUCCACGAUGCCUAGCUUAUGGCUCGAAAGCAAGGUGUGCUCAGGAACCAACUGCACGCUUCACUUCGCUUUUGACGGGCCGGCCCACAACACGUUGACCCUGUGGCCGCGCUCGGGCCGCCUGGCGGCGUGGUCGUUCGCCGCGCCCACCGACCCGUCCUUCGUGCAGAACGACCGCCCCGCCUACACCAUCGUGCAGGCCUCCGCCACUUACCAACAUCCGUUCGACACGCAGUAUUUCUGGAUCACUUUGGAGGUGCCAGUGGCCCAGCAGUCGCAGGUGCUGCUGGACAUCGCGCAGCACGCGCACAAGAAGCAGCACCCCGAGCUGUUCACGCGCGAGUACCAACAAUUACUCGACGCCGUGCCCGAUUACUUCAACAUCGACAGCUCGAUAUCCAUACGGAAUAACUAUGCUUUCUAGUUUGCCAAAUAUCUCUUACUAUGGAUUCAACAUCUGCGAGUACCAGGAGUUUAGGCCGUCAUGUCUAGCAUUUUAACACGGAGAGCUUGCCGAUACGAGUAAUUAGGAAUACCUCGCCUUCUAAAAUGAUUUAAAAAGGUAAUAAUAUAACUUCAUCGCCUUUGCCUGCAAGCGAACAGCAGCAAAUGCAAGAUGCCAAAGAUUCAUUGAUUGUAGAAGCAAGCAAGUUCCUGCUAUGACUUUGACAGCUAAUGUCAGCUACAUUGUACCUAUUGCUCUAUAUAUUAUGUUCAAAUUAAGUUACCACACAAAGAGUAGUUAAAUUAUAGUAUUUAACCUUUUCGCCGCCAAGGAAAUAACAGCGAUGUGGCACCGCCACGCCAUGCAAGCCAGGUCGUACUCUUACAACUACGUAUGCAGUUGCAAUUGGUGGCGAAAGGGAUAGCAACUUUUCGUGUGUGGCGAAAAUUAAACGAAUUUGAAUUGUGAACGUUGUUGACGAAGUUGCUCAAGUUUUAUACUGGUUAUCUUAAUGUAGUAAGUUAUAGGAGGACCGGUCUACAGGUUUUGCCCAGAGCCAGAGCAAUGCGAUCUGAAUAUUAUUUAUACUAUUGUGUGGGAUUUUUCAGAAUCUAUCAUUCUCAAGGAAAAUCUUACGACAAUUUAUUCGCAGUAGUCAUUUUACUCGAUUUUAAUGGAGCAAGAGUUUAUAAAAAAAACGGUAAAUUUGGAUUUGUUUUCAAUUAAACGAAUUUGGAAUCUUAAUGGUUAGAAAUUUAAGUUAAACCGAUCGUCAUAAUCGUUGUUCAUGAAGCAUGGACUAGUUGAUUUGAGAACGCUUCGGUAAGACUGAAAGAUCCCUCAUAAUUAGAUAAUAAUUUUAAAGUCACUUAAAAAAAUAGCUGAACACUUUAAGACCGACCCUCCUAAAUUAGAAUAUUAACUAUAUAUACGUACUUAUGUACCUAAGUAUUUUUUCUAUUUUUGUUUGUAAUUUAUUAUGAUUGGUGUUUGCACCAACAUACGCAUCACGACCGAGAACGUCUGAUACAAACGAAGAACACUCUUUCAUGUUGAAGUAAGGUUGCCGUUUUUGUAAAGUUACAAACCAUCAAGCUAUCCUAUUCGCAAGUGAUAAUGAUAAGACAACAGUAGGUACCACCUAUUGAUCCGUCUUCGUGUUACUACACCUGUGGUAUUAUCACCCGUGACACUUGAUAAGAUAGUCUCAAAGCAGCCGGAUUGGAAUAGCACUAGUAGUACCUAGUUAGUAAAAAUGUUUAAUAUUUAUAUAAAGAUAUUUACGAGUAAUUCUCAAUCUACAGUUAAUACUUAUAUAUUUAAAAUUAAGGGAAAUAAUUUUAAAAAUAAAAGAAAAAAUAAUUUUAGAAAGCUUUUUAUUUAAAUUUUCAGUCUUUUUAAUUUAAAUCACAAACUUAAUGACCUUUAACCUUUUGAACGCCAUCUGUCAAACUCAAGAACGUCAUGCUCACGCCAAUAUCUCUGGCAAAAGCUGGCAAACAUAAACCGUACUGGAAACGUUGAGGGUUACUUUGACAAACGACGCUAUAGGACUUAAAAGCGUUCUUGGCGCCACGGGCAUGAUUUCUUACGACGUCUUUAAGGGAUCUUGGCAUUCAAAGGGUUAAAUAGACAUAAGGCGACAAUUCAAUCAUCUCUAUGAGACCAAUCGAUUGCACCUUCUAUUUCAAUGUCAUAUGUGUGGUUUCUAAGCAAAAAGUUCCACUUUGUCGCUUGCCAUAAGGAUGCUUUAACAGGUUAUUCGUAUAAAGACACAAGCAAAUCUGGUCCUUAUGGUAAGCGAGCAAAGUGGGACCUUUGACUACAACACAUAUUUAGUGCAUACAUAACGCAAACGUAGCAUUACAACUUAAUUUGUAUACAUAUUUCCAGGGUCAAGUAGCAAUAAAAACACGAUUUAGAA